AUGACAGCCACGGUGGCUUUCCUGCUCCUGAGCCUUCUGAGGAUGGCGACUCCCAAGGGAGUGUGGUGCCCAGCCUGUGGGCUGGCGGCCCUGGCCCCCACCACGCAGCGGGACGUCCUCAUCGCGCUGGCAAAGCAGAGCAUCCUCUCCAAGCUCCGCUUGCCAGACAGGCCCAACAUCACUCAGCCCACGUCCAGGGGGGCCCUGCUGACCGCGCUCCGCAGGAUGCGUGCGCAGCACAUGGACACGGCCGUCUCCCCAGGGAUGCCCCAUGAUGGCAGCAUCCCACACCUGCGUCCUGGGAUGGGUGUGCAGGAAUAUGAGAUCUUGAGCUUUGCCGAGUCAGGGUCCUCCACCUCCCGCAGCAUUCGCCUGCAUUUCCACUUCACACGGGAGCUGGCUGGGAGCACCGAGAUCCUGCAAGCCACCCUCUACCUGUUCUGGGCAGUCCCCGGCCCCGGGACACAUCCUGUCACCGUCAGACUCUUGCAGCCAGACCUGACGGGGCUGAACAUGACCGUGGCCAGUGAGACACGGCUGGAGGUGCAGAGGGCCGGCUGGGCCACGCUGGACGUGGGCCAAGCUGUCCAGAGCCUCUUCAGCCAAGGGAGCCAGAGGCUCACUGUGGAGCUGGAGGUGGCAGAGGACUGGGGGUCUCCCCUCCUGGCUGGCCACAGUGAUUCCCACUGGCCAUUUGUUGCAGCCCAGGCCCGGGCCAGGACGCCCCAUCGGGUCCAGCGGCGUGGCAUUGAUUGCAGUGGGGACUCUCGGAUGUGCUGCCGCAAGGAAUUCUUCGUAGAUUUCAAGGAGAUUGGCUGGGAGGACUGGAUCAUCCAGCCAGAGGGAUAUCACAUGAACUACUGCGCCGGGCUCUGCCCCCUGCACAUGGCUGGCAUCCCUGGCCUCGCCGCCUCCUUCCACACAGCUGUCCUCAACCUCAUCAAAGCCAACAACGCGGACGCAGCCGUGGACUCCUGCUGCGUGCCCACGCAGCGUCGCCCUCUCUCUCUGCUCUACUAUGACCGGGACAGCAACAUUGUUAAGACCGACAUCCCCGACAUGAUUGUCGAUGCCUGUGGUUCCCGCCGGGGCCCCGACGACGACGAGCGGGGCUACGAGAUCAUCAGCUUCGCGGAGCCAGAGCUCACAUCUCCCUCUGGCUUGGGGCUGCAGUUCCAGUUCAGCCGUACACAAGACCAGGAUGUUCACAUCCUGCAGGCUCAGCUUUGGCUCUACCUUCGAGUUCCCCGAGACCUGGUAGCCAGCCUCACCCUGAGAAUCUUCCUUGCUGGUGGGGAAGGUGAUUUGGUGGGGGGCAAUCGCACAUUGCUGAGCGAGAGGCGACUGAGUGCUAAGGGCAGUGGCUGGCAUGCCUUCACCCUCAUGCCUGCCCUGCAGAGUUUCUUUGGGGGAGAGCGCAGGACCCUGCGGCUGGAACUGGAAAGCCAUGGGGAUGGGGGUGAUAUCACGGCAAUAGUCAAUGCCAGCCGGUCCCACCAGCCCUUCUUGGUGGCCGAGGCAAAGGUGCGGGAGCCGGGACACCACGUGGCCAAGCGCAGCCUCCGCUGCAGCCAGAACUCCAACCUCUGCUGCCGCAAGGACUACUACGUGGAUUUCCGUGACAUUGGUUGGAACGACUGGAUCAUUAAGCCUGAGGGCUACCAGAUAAACUACUGUGUGGGCCAGUGCCCUCUACAUGUGGCAGGCAGCCCUGGGAUGGCCUCUUCUUUCCACACAGCUGUCUUCAACCUUGUCAAAGCUAACAACAUCCAGGCAUCAGGGCACUCUUGCUGUGUGCCCACGCGACGCCGGCCCCUCUCUGUCCUCUACUUCGAUCGCAAUAGCAACAUUGUCAAGACUGACAUCCCUGACAUGAUUGUUGAUGCCUGUGGCUGUAGCUAG